UUUUGCAUUAUUGUCAUACUUGUUUUAAAUCUUUAUACUAAAUCUAAUACAAACCGAAGACAAUUUGAAUAAAUAUUCAUUGAAAUGAGGGAUGUGUAGACUUUUUUUAUUAUUUUAAUUGUAAACCAAGGCAGCUACAUUCCAUAACAAUUUACUGAUGACUGUUUGACCAUAUCUAGUGCAUGAAUCAAUCUUUUUAAGUUUACCCAGGCUCUAAUUUUAAACAAAAUUCUCUGCUUUCCCUGAUAGAACAAGCAUAAAAGCAUAAUCAUAACUUUUCCAUUCAGAUAGGUGGCUUACUGUGUGAGUAUGUGUGUAAUGUAAGACUGUAUGUCUGUAUAAGGGGAGGUUUGUGACUGGUUAUCAAUGUAAAUCUUAGGCGCUUUUUUUUUUGCCACACUGAAGUUUUCAUGUUUACGAGUGCAGUGUUUUAAAGCACUCCUCUGAAUGUCUCGCUGUGUUUGUUAAUUUUUUUUUUUUUUUUUUAUCUUGGAACUUAUGCACAGUUCUUUAAUCCUAAACAUUCGCUUCUUCAGGCUCCACCCUCUAUUCACAACUGACAUCACAGUGAGACUGUGUGCAAUGCAAGACUGUGUGUUAUGUGAGAUUGUGUAAUGUGAUACUCUGCACUACAAUAACAGUUGCUGUUACAGGUUAUUAUACAGGUGUUUUGCGAAGGUGCUUGAUGUCACAGCAUUUGUUUAGCAAGGUGUUGGGUUUUUUUGGCUAUGCUGUUCAGUAUGGCUGCAUCGCUCACUGCACAUUCGAGUACAUUGGAGAGUUUGUCAUGUGUUCAGGACCAUCUAUGGAACCAACCAUCACCAAUUACGACAUUGUUUUUUCAGAACGCCUCAGCAGACACUUAUACCGCAUAGAGAAAGGGGAUAUUGUUAUUGCCAAGAGCCCAUUUGACCCAAAAAUGAACAUCUGUAAACGAGUUAUUGGACUGGAGGGAGAUAAAGUGUGCACCAGUGGACCUUUAGAUAAAUUUAAAACACACACUUUUGUCCCAAGAGGUCAUGUGUGGCUGGAAGGUGAUAAUUUGCAGAACUCCACAGACUCACGGAGUUAUGGUCCUGUUCCCUAUGCACUAAUACAAGGACGAGUAUGUUUAAAGCUAUGGCCUCCACACAGUGUUGGCGUGUUAAACAAGAGUCCUAACGCCGAGCGCAUUUUACGCACUGAAUAACAGUAACCACAAUCAUCUCUCCUUCAUAGUUUUUGAAAAAUAAACUUGUAUUCAGGAAUGCGAAAGUGUCUUUUCAUUUUAUUGACCGUAAUAAAUUAUGACUUCAUCUUGGAUGCCA